GACGAACUUCCGGUUGUUUGUGUGUGAUGACGUAGAAACAAAAUGGAGUCUGUGAAGAAACGUGUGACUGAGUUUUCACUGGAGGCUCACGAUCUGUACCUGAACCGGUCGGUGCCGUACCUGGAGGGGUCACCUGACCCGCUGCAGUUCUACCGCGACUGGAUUGGUCCAAACAAGCCCUGCAUCAUCCGCAACGCCUGCAGCCAUUGGCCGGCUCUGUCCAGGUGGACGCCGGAGUACCUGAGGGAGAAGGUGGGGUCAAAGGUCAUCAGCGUGGCGGUGACUCCCAACGGCCUCGCUGACGCCGUUAACGGCGACCGCUUCGUGAUGCCGGAGGAGCGACGCAUGAGCUUCUCCUCCAUGCUCGACCUCAUCGAGGGGAAGCCGAUCAGAGAGCAGCAGAGCGGCGUGUUCUACGUCCAGAAGCAGUCCUCUAACCUCCUCUCUGAGCUGUCCGAGCUCACAGACGACGUGGACUCUCAUGUUUCCUGGAUGAGCGCCGCCCUCGGAAAGUUACCGGAUGCUGUGAACUUUUGGCUCGGAGAGGCGAGCGCCGUAACCUCCAUGCACAAAGAUCACUAUGAGAAUCUGUACUGUGUGAUUUCUGGAGAGAAAACCUUCAUCCUGCUGCCGCCCACCGACCGCCCCUUCAUCCCCUACGGUGUCUAUCAGCCGGCUGUCUACCGUCAGAGGGACGAUGGUGAGUUUGAGGUCGUCGAUCAGAGCGACUCUGAGAAGGUCCCGUGGAUCCCUUUGGACCCUCUAGACCCGGACCUGGACCGGUACCCUGAGUACCGCAGAGCUCGGCCGCUCCGCUGCAGCGUGAAGGCCGGAGAGAUGCUCUACCUGCCGUCACUGUGGUUCCACCACGUCCAGCAGUCCCACGGCUGCAUCGCAGUGAACUUCUGGUACGACAUGGAGUACGACAUCAAGUACAACUACUUCCAGCUGCUGGAGGCGCUGUCUGAGGUCACAGGGUCGACGUGACGUCACAGCAUGAUGUCAUAGUGAAAGAAGGACUGUCAACUAAAGUCUGUCUUAAUAAAGAUUUA